CGAAUGAUCAUUUUCGUUUCGUUUUUUUAUGUGGCCACAGAAAAACGAACAAGAAAGAUUACUAAAAUGCCCAAUUCCUUGAACACAUCCCUCCAGCGCUACCAACAUCUCGACAAUGAAAACAAAUAUUUUUGACAACUGUCAUUCGUGUCCGCCCCAUCUUCUACUAACCCAAAGAAAAAAUAUUUUUGCUCAAGAAAAAAAAAAAGUUGUUAUGCUGCAACUUUAAAAAUUAAAAUCAGUGAAAAAAGAAAACUAAUCAAGCCACAAUGACAUUCAAAAAAGACCUCCGAAUUCUCAUUAAACCAUAUUACUGGGUCAACAUCCUUCUAAGUGUCUCCUAUCUAAUUGGAAAACGAAUGCCAUUCGUUUGCAAUUAUCUAUUCAAGCACAAGGAAGAAACUUGUGAACUCGAUGGUCGCGAAGUUGAGAUUUUAUUCUUUCUCGUAAUUGUUGUGAUGAUUCGCUCAAGAAAAACUGGAAGUGUGACAAUGAUCAAUUACUUAACAUCAUCAUUCAUCUACACUAAAGUGGCUAAUUUGAUUUUGUGGGCGUACGGUGAUUUCCGCUACGGCAUUGUCUAUCUUCUCAUAUUCGUUCUAGUUGGAUUGAUUUGUCCGGAGCCGACUUACAAGGGACCCGAACAUGUUACCUAUUUUCGGAGUGCACAAACUUUCGAAGAAGAACUCAACAAGGACAAAAGAAUCGUUUGGAUUGUGUGCUUUUACACCGUUUGGAAUCCGUCGUGUGUUAAUUUUGCUCCAGUUUUCUCUGAACUAUCUGCCGACUAUCAUUUAGAUAAUUUACGUUUUGGUAAGAUUGAUGUUGGUCGUUUUCCAGAUGCUGCCAAGAAGUUCCACAUUUCGGAUAGUAGCUUUUCGAGACAAUUGCCUUCGGUGAUUCUUUUUAAGAACGGAAAAGAAGUCGACCGUCGUCCGACUGUGGACUCGAAAGGCAAACUCCAGAAAUUCUUCUUUUCCAAAGAUAAUAUUCGCGCUGCUUUAGGUAUGAAUGAUUUGUACAAGCAUUGUGUUGAGAAUCCAAUUAAACAGUCAAAGGUUGUGGAGAAAAAGACGAAUUAAGAAUAAAUUGCAUUCAAUUUUUAAAGGAAUGAUCGGUGUAAUAUGCUUAGGAAAUAAGUUUUGCCGUCGGCUAAUAAAUUGCUCCAGACGCCCAAUACUUUUGUGUAUUUUUGAUUUGAUUUGCCAUACCAAAGUGUGCAUUCUAUGAUUCUCACAAUUUUGAAACACUGCGGAGUUUAAGUUUUUAUUUGAUAACAACCUAGUGUGCAUUUAGUUUGUAACAACAUUUUAUUGUUUAAUUUAUUUCAAAUAGUUAAUAAAAUAAACUCACAAAAAAUAAAA